AUGGCCGCGGUGCAGCGGGCUCCGGUCAGGGAAGGGGUCCGGAUAGUUUCGUUGUGUGUAUGCUGGUACACGGUCAGCUCGGGGGGCAACGUUAUCAACAAAAUCAUCCUCAAUGGAUUCCCGUACCCGGUCACGGUCUCUCUGUUUCACAUUAUCUCCAUCGUCGUCUUCCUCCCCCCGUUGUUGCGGGCUUGGGGAGUCCCCAAAACAGAACUGCCGAGCAGGUACUACUGGUGGUACAUCCUGCCUUUAGCUUUCGGGAAAUACUUCGCAUCCGUGUCGGCUCACUUCAGCAUAUGGAAAGUACCCGUGUCGUACGCGCACACCGUCAAAGCUACAAUGCCAAUAUGGGUUGUGCUGCUAUCGAGAAUUAUCAUGAGGGAGAAGCAAACCACAAAGGUGUACGUAUCACUCAUCCCCAUCAUUGGUGGAGUGCUGCUGGCCACAGUGACCGAGCUGUCCUUUGAUGUCGCGGGACUAAUCAGUGCUCUGGCUGCCACGCUCUGCUUCUCUCUGCAGAACAUCUUCUCCAAAAAGGUGUUGCGUGACACACGGGUUCACCACCUGAGGCUGCUUAACAUCCUUGGCUUUAACGCUGUGAUCUUCAUGUUGCCCACCUGGGUUCUGGUGGACCUCUCUGUGUUUCUGGUGAAUGGAGACUUGUCGGACAUCUCAGAAUGGAUGGGUACCUUUAUCCUGCUGCUCAUCAGUGGAUUCUGCAAUUUUGCUCAGAACGUCAUCGCCUUCAGCGUGCUCAGCCUCGUAAGCCCACUUAGCUACGCUGUCGCCAACGCCACCAAGAGAAUCAUGGUCAUCAGCAUCUCGCUUCUGAUGUUGCGAAACCCGGUCACCUUAACAAAUGUAUUGGGCAUGAUGACGGCCAUAGUCGGAGUCUUUCUUUACAACAAGGCCAAAUAUGAUGCUAAUAGGGAGAAGAAGCUGCUGCCAGAGUCCAAGCAGGACCUGAUGUCCUUUGACAACCCAGCGCUGGAGAAGAUCCAGGCCAACGGGUCAGUGCCUUUUCCUCACAGCUCGGAGCAGCAGCACAGUUGGAACCACGUGCUGACUGACCAUUUCCAGUACAGCCGGCAAACCUACACGACAAACUACAGCAGCAACCACCAGUAUGUGGUGUAGAGGAGGAGUCUUCCUCACUCUGGUAGCUGUCAUAGACAUUACUGUGUGUAGCCCACCGGCUCAGGAGCAGCUCUUCAUCACCUUCUGUAAACUGGAGACUGAGGGCAAGUGCUGUUUGUGCUGAAGAACAAGAUGUCCGUCAUCAUGGGCCAGUCAUGUGACCUCUCCUAGCUACUCACCCCUCCCUCUCCCUGUCUAAACUUCAUUUUCUGUCAGCUUUGGUGUAGGUUUUUAUUUAUUACUUUGGUGAUGACUGGAUGUGAUGAUUAGAAAAGAAUCCAUUUAUAUCAGAUAUGUCGGUAACACACGACAUGCAGAUGCGGUAAAGUGCCACAGCAGGCAGAUAUGUGGAAGGUAGCUGAAAAAGGAUUUCCAUGUAACUGUCUGCAGAUGUUUAAGGUUUUUCACAACCAGCCAUAACUGGUUUUAGUUUGUUUAUUUCGAGAGGAAAGGAUGUCACCAGUCACCAUUACUGUGAAUGUUAACUUGCACCGAAUCACGAGUCUGUCAUGUCACUAAAUUCAGGCAAAAGCCUUAAAAUUUUUAGGUGUUGGCAUUUCAUAUGGAAGAUUGUCCUUUUUGUUUUUUGUUCUUUACAAGGUACUUGAUAUGAUGUGGGGAGAAACAAAUUGUUCAGGGUAGUAAUCAGUGAAUAAAUCUUUAGCCUUAAAGCUAAUGGGACUUCUUGGGAAUAUUAUGGUUUUGUAGAUUUGAUUUGAUAUUGUGAAUGGCAAUGUUUUCAACGAUCUUAGCAGCAUGGCUCUGCAGAUGGUGCUGUUCAUUCUUUUUGUCCAGAUUGAAAUGCAUCAACAAUCAAGAUUGCCAUGAAAUUCAGUGUAGUUGCAGCCCCACAGAGCCUUUAGCAUGGCCAUAGACUGUAGAUGUAGAUGCAGCUGUAGAUAUGAAUUAACUACUGUAAAACAAUAUCCGCACUCCCAUAACAAGGUGAAAAAUAGGCCAAAUUAAAAGAUCACUUCAUUGAUGUUUAGAAAUGUUUGAUUCAGUGGUUUUGUCAGCAACUGUCACUCAUGAAAUGCACAUCUUUGAAUAAAGAGUGAGACCAUUUCUGUUUUCUAGAAAGGUCAGUGACCCCUUACAGAUUCCCCAAUGAAACAGAAAAUGUAUUACUUGUUCGUGUAAAUGUGGCUCAGCACAAGUUUUGUAUUACCGGUAAUUGGAAGGUCAGCGGUUCAAUGCCCCGGCUGCUCGUCAAGAGCGUCCUCGGGCAAGAUGUUGAACUCAUUCACACACACAGACUGAUGCAGUGUGUGAAUGUCAGCUUGAAAGCGUUAAUGCAUAGAAGAAAAAAAAAAUCACUUGUGUGAUUGCGUCUUUGAAUGGGUGAAUGAGGCUAGUAGUAAAAAAGCGCUUUGGGUGCUCAAAUAGAGUAGAAAAGCACUACCUAAGUACCAGUCCAUAAAUGUAAAAUAAAAUUGCCUAAAAUUAGAUUUAGCUAACAAAACAAAGCAUCCUUGUGAUAGCUGCAUACAUAUAGGGAUGCCUUUUGUUUCAUCUGUAUCUAACCACAUUAAAUAUAAUAGUUAUUUAUGUUGUCAUGGCGUUUUUAAAAAGAUUUACAGCAAGACAUUGUUUUUGUUUUGUGUUUAUAAUUGAUUAUUGUUCAGGAGAUUUUUCAGCCUGAACCAAAGCUGCUCUGUCACAUUUCUGUUUUUAAAAACGGUCGCCCGUGUCGAGUUUGCACAUCUUGAAACAGCUAAACGUGGCAUUGUGACCGCCUGUCGAGCCACUUUACUGACCGCUGUUUAAUUUCAUUUGCCAACACUGGUGUCAUAGAGUUGCGAAGACAGAGGUUUGGCUUGUGCAAUUAAAGAUUCAGCUGUAAUUUCAGGUGAGCUUCAUCGUCAUUAUUGAUUGCAGUGUCAAAUCAUCGCUGCUCAUGGCACGAUGAGGCCUUUAGGCUUGUUUUUUAAUCACUAAUUAAUGUCACAGUAUUCAGCGAUUGGUGGGCUUCCCACAGACAAACCAGUGUCUCCAAAACUUGUCUGUUUACUCCUUUGUGGAUUCAUGGGGAAAACUAGCUCUUAACUGCCAACAACUUAGAGUUUUGUUAAAUUAUUUCAUGUUCACUGAUUACUAGUUAAUCAGAAAAGCUGCGACACCUAUGUGGUCAAGAGAAUUUUAGCAGCGCUGUUGACUGCUGUAUACUUUGAGACUAUCUGUUAUUGAUUUUGGGCUUCAUUAAAUUUAAAUCAUGAAGGUGGAACUAAGUAAACUAAUGCAGACAUUUCCCACACCACAAACUGUACCCAUAAAUAAAAAAAAAAAAAAGUGUGAUGAAUUAAAACCUCUGUGACAUUUUAGAUUUCAUCAUCUCAGCCUUUACCAAGCAGUAGUUUCAGUUUUGCAUCUGAUAGACAAAUGUGAACGUGUUGCUCAUGGCAGAGCAACAGCAGAGAAUUUAGGUCCCUUUUUCUGCACCUGCUUUAAAGCUGCACGUUAGCUCCAGCAAGCAGCCAUUUAAAGCAGUUUUAAUGAAAUCCAGAUUUUAAGAAGUGGAGCUUUUGUUAAAUAAAGAGUCUGAUAUUUUUAACUAGUUGGUGAAGCCCAAAAUGGAGUUUAAAUAUAAGGUGGCAAGAAACAUGUAGUGUAUUUAUUAUUUCACGGCAAUGUCUUUGUAGUUUCUGUCACUGUUUAUGUAAACGUUCAUGCGCCUGACAUGUUUCAGCCUUGCAAGAUGCACAGGCAUGAUUUUAAUUAUUUUUAAUUAUUUUAAUUAAUUUUAAUUCUGUGUAUUUGCAUAUUUACGAGACAGUUUUGUUUGAACCUACGACACAGUGAGCCUCAAACUUUGAUUUUUCACACUCUUGAGAUAUUGAGUUUUGCAAAUGUCAAGAGGGAACUCUCCAUCUAUGAAAUGCUUUUAGAAACCGAUGGUUUCAGCUGGCUAAAAUAGAAAGCACUUAUCUUAUCAGCCUUGUCAGGCUGGCGCAGUGAAUCACAGAUCUCAGAUGUGAAGUAUUGUGCGCCCUUAGGUCAUCAGAGAUACGUUUUAAGUGGAAAGCCAAGAAAACAUCAGAAAUUAGAUUUGCAGAGAAAAAGAAUCCCUAGAAAAACUGACACGAUCACAUCACGGUGCAAGAAUAUUUUGCUUCCAGUUACAUUCAGAAGUUUGCAUGUGGCAGUUUUGCAAUCGCACCGUAAACCCGUUAGACCCUCUCGACUUAUCUUCACAUGUCUCUUCACUUCCUUCCUCCUGUUGCCAAAAGCAGAGCGCAAUCCUUUUGAUGCCGACACACCACAAGACAGAGGCCUUCUGUUAAUUACGACAAGAUGCAAAAUUCAUAAAUGAUAACACGUAGGACACGCGAACCGUUCUUCAUGCCGGCUAUUUCCAUUAGAGGGAGAAAAUUUAGAGAAUGACUUAAGUGUUGUCUCUCUCUGUUGUAAAGCUUUUUAAGGGGAUGUAAAUGUUAACGAGAAGAAAGGGGAGAAUACUUUGUAAAACUUGUAUAAUUAUUUUUGUGUGUCUUCAAUGGGUCUUGAGAAAGAGAAUUUUUACUUAACUGAUGUUUUUAGAUUUUUAUUUAUGUGUCUAUGUACAAAAAUGUUGUACAGAGGUGCAGCGGUGCACAGUCUUGUCUGCUUAUGUUUAGUAAAUGCUAUUUUUAAAUGUUGGGGGAAGAAAAAUAAAUGCAUAAUUGAAGACUGAA